UGUUCCAGUUAUCACUUUGAAAAAUACCAAGAUUUACCAACCAGAGGAGCUCACGCCGUGGAACAUUUCACCAUUAAUGGAAGUCUUUUUCUAGCGUUCGCCAACUAUAAAAGUGACACCCCCGAAAAAUAUAACACAGAUUCUUUUAUCUACAAGUUCAACGAUUUGACUGGAAAAUUCCUUCUUUAUCAGACCAUAGGCACACAUGGAGGGCAUGACGUGGAAUAUUUUACAAUUUCUGGCGAACAUUAUCUUGCUGUUGCUAAUGUUGAAAAUGAAACUACGUUCAGAUUGAACUCAGUUAUUUAUCAUUGGAAUGGAACAUUGUUUGUUGCCUUUCAAAACCUUGCAACUAAAGGAGGAGCCAGCUUUAAUUUUUUUACAAUAGCGAAAGAACCUUUUCUUACCGUAUGCAAUCUCUUUGAUGAUGUUACGCGUAGUAUUAACUCAACCAUCUACAAGUGGAAGAACAACAUGUUUGAAAAGUUUCAGGAGAUAGCGACAGAGGGAUGUCGUGGAAAUGAUACGUUUGUAAUUAACAAUGAAAGCUACAUUGCCUUUGCAAACGCCGCCUUGUCGUCAACAGUAGUUUAUAAGAGGGCUGGGAUGCACUUUGUCGAGCUGCAAAACCUUCAAAAGAAAAGUGCAAUGAAUGUAAAGUCCUUUUACAUUAAUGAUGAUGCGUUUCUCGCCACUGCCUCUCGACCCGCACAGUCGUUCAUUCACAAGUGGAAUGGAAGUCAGUUUGUCCUAAAUCAGACUAUUCCUACUUACCGGGCCAGGGUCCUGCAUCCCUUUGUUAUGUGCGGUCAAACAUUUCUUGGCGCGGCUAAUCGGGGUAGGGUUGGCACCAACCACAUAAAGUCAGUGGUGUAUCGGUUCUCUCAGGACCAGUUCACUGAAUACCAGAAUAUUUCAACUUUUGGAGCUAUUGAUAUGACGUCAUUUGAGUACAAGGGUUAUACUUACUUGGCAAUUGCUAAUUCAGGAAAUAAGAACCAAAGGAACAUUAACAGCACUCUGUACAGGUGGACCUAA